AUUCCAGCAGCUGCGUAUCUUUUAUUCCUGAUCUUUUACUCCUACGAAUCUCUGUGAAGACAAGUUAUGUCAACAGCUACUUUAAUUAACUUGGUACGAAACGGAGGGUAUCAAGUAAGAAGGAGAGCCGUGCUGACGUCCCGCCUCUUGCAAGACGAGAAGCGUCUGACAGCCGCGUGCUACAGCUGCACCUCUGAGCGCCGUGCUUCCCGCUUCGAUCCAGAUGGGAGCGGGCGGCCUACGACAUGGGACACCUUUGGCAUCUGGGACAAUCGCAUUGACGAACCUAUUCUCCUCCCACCAAGCAUAAAGUAUGGGAAGCCAAUUCCAAAAGUCAGCCUGGCCAACGUGGGCUGCGCUAGCCAUAUCGGGAAGCGUAAGGAAAAUGAAGACCGGUUUAAUUAUGCUCAGCUGACGGAGGAUGUCCUAUACUUUGCAGUAUACGAUGGACAUGGUGGGGCAGCAGCAGCAGACUUCUGUGAUAAGUACAUGGAAAAAUAUAUUAAAGAAUUUCUUGCUGAGGAGCAGAACUUGGAAAAUGUUUUGAACAAAGCUUUUCUAGAAAUAAACAAAGCAUAUGAAAGGCAUGCUCAUCUGUCUGCUGAUGCAACUCUGAUGAACUCUGGGACCACUGCAACAGUGGCUCUGCUCCGGGACGGCAUUGAGCUGGUUGUGGCAAGUGUGGGAGACAGUCGUGCUCUGCUGUGUCGAAAAGGAAAGGCCAUGAAACUCACCAUUGACCAUACUCCAGAAAGAAAGGAGGAGAAGGAAAGGAUUAGGAAGUGCGGUGGCUUCGUUGCCUGGAACAGUUUGGGACAACCUCAUGUGAAUGGUAGACUUGCAAUGACGCGGAGCAUAGGAGAUUUGGAUCUUAAAAACCGUGGUGUGAUAGCCCAGCCAGAAACAAAAAGGGUUCAGUUGCAUCAUGCAGACGACAGCUUCCUGGUCCUUACUACAGACGGUAUUAACUUCAUAGUGAACAGUCAGGAGAUCUGCGACUUCAUUAACCAGUGCCAUGAUCCUGCUGUAGCUGCCCAUGUUGUUACUGAGCAGGCAAUGCAAUUCGGCACUGAAGACAACAGCACUGUUGUCAUAGUGCCAUUUGGAGCAUGGGGAAAGUACAAAAACGGUGAGAUCAACUUCUCCUUCAGCCGCAGUUUUGCUUCCAGUGGGAGGUGGGCAUGAAGACCUGCCACAGCUAUCUUUUCCUGCCACAGUCUGGACAGCGUGCUACAGGAGAACACAUCCA